AUGGCUAACACUUGGCUCGAUUCACCACCGUCGAUCGUCGCUUCAUCAGCGCAUACAUCCAGCAAUCGCAGGCAAGAGUCUCUAUCGCCGCCCUUCAGGCCGACCUCCGAUUCAUCAUUUGCAGCAAUGCAACAACCCAUCCUCAUGCAGAUGAGCACCAGCACCAGUUCCAGCAGCAUCGAAAGCAGCCCAUUUCAUCAACCAUCCUCGCGACGUCUCUUUCACGAUACUCCUGCGGCCUCACCUCAUCCGCAACUUGCCGCACUAGCCUCGCCAACGCCUUCGUGCAACUUGCCAGACGAGGUGCGAACACCCACCGCUUCCAGUGCAGACAACGAUCAAGACGUCUUUGGCAAGAUCGACCACACUCCCCUCCGCCAAGAGACACAUUCAACGUCACCGCUGCCCAACUCUCGCUCAUUGCAAAUGGGUGACAUGCUAGACCACGUUCUCGAUGCAGAGCAGUUUUCGAGGCUGUCGGUUGGCAACAUUAUCGCGCCGCAAAGGAACAGCUCCAAGAAGCCGCCAAAGCGACUUCCUACAGAUCCGGUCAGCACCACUGCGUCGCCGACUCCCGUCUCAAGAACUUCGGCGCGCCCUCGAUCCACACUCGCAUCUAUAAACGCGAACAGCAACACAAGCGUUUCCGACGCCCCUGCCAUGAGCAGCGAUCAUGUAUCGGAUCCAUUCAAACAGCGAUCGUUUCUUUCAACUGAGGAGCUUCCAUUGCACGUCAAACACCACAUGGCAGCUUUGCAAGAAAGUCCACGGACACACUGA